UGAAGUCCAUACUCCAUAGGAAGAUCGACUGGUCGACUUCCCAAACCGAAGCCGAAUUCACGUUUCUGUCUUCCGGCGAGAAACCAGGCGAGGGACGAACGCAGAAAGAGAGAGAGAGAGAGAGAAAAAGACAGAAUGCAUUCAUUCGGUUACCGAGCGAACGCCGUGCUAACUUUUGCAGUGACGAUACUGGCAAUGAUUUGCGCAAUGGCCUCUCUCUCUGACAAUCUCAACGUUUCGUCUCCCACAGCCCAAGUCCAGGUACUCAACAUUAAUUGGUUUCAGAAGCAGCCAAACGGUAACGACGAGGUCAGCUUGACAUUGAACAUAUCUGCUAAUUUACAAUCAAUGUUUACAUGGAACACAAAACAGGUUUUUGUAUUUUUAGCGGCUGAGUAUGAAACCCCACAGAAUGCCCUGAAUCAAGUUUCACUAUGGGAUGGUAUUAUACCAUCCAAAGAGCAUGCAAAAUUCUGGAUGCACACAACAAACAAAUAUCGUUUCACCGAUCAGGGAAGCAAUCUUAAGGGCAAAGAAUUCAAUUUGACGCUGCACUGGCAUGUCAUGCCCAAGACUGGGAAGAUGUUUGCUGACAAAAUAGUUAUGACUGGAUACCGUCUGCCACAGGAAUACAGAUAAUAAGGGUAUUUGAGUGGUUUUUGCUGCGACUUCAUCUGUUUUUCUUAUAUGAGGGAUAUAGAGUGGUUA